AUGAGCGGCAACUCCAACUUCCUAGACAAAGCUAUAGCGCUCGUGCAGAAAGCCAUCGAUGAGGACGUCAAGCAGAACUAUGCGGAGGCGUACAAGCAGUACCAGGAUGCUCUGGACUACUUUAUGAUGGCUAUGAAGUACGAGAAGAACGACAAGCUCAAAGAGCUCAUCCGAAAGAAGACCAUCGAAUACCUCGACCGCGCCGAAAAGCUCAAAGAGCACAUUGCCAAGGCGGACGAGAAGCGAUCCAAGUCCAAGGUGUCGGCAGUAGGAGCGGCGGGUGGAUCAUCUGGAGCUGGACCGGACGUCAAGGGGAACGGAGGAGGAGGGGAUGAUGAUGAUCCAGAGACCAAGAAGUUGAGGCAGGGAUUACAGGGGGCGAUAUUGAGCGAGUCGCCCAAUGUGGCGUGGGACGAUGUGGCGGGGCUGGCGCAAGCCAAGGAGGCGUUGAAGGAGGCGGUCAUCCUACCGAUCAAGUUCCCGCAGCUGUUUACGGGCAAGAGGACGCCAUGGAGGGGGAUAUUGCUGUAUGGACCGCCGGGGACGGGAAAGAGUUUCUUGGCCAAGGCGGUGGCUACAGAGGCGAAGAGCACGUUCUUCAGUGUGAGUAGUAGUGACUUGGUCAGCAAGUGGAUGGGAGAGUCGGAACGGCUCGUCAAGCAACUCUUCACCAUGGCCCGCGAACAAAAGCCCUCAAUCAUCUUCAUUGACGAGAUCGACUCGCUCACCGGGACAAGAGGGGAAGGGGAGUCGGAAGCGAGCAGGAGGAUAAAGACCGAGUUCUUGGUUCAGAUCAAUGGAGUGGGCAACGACGAUACCGGCGUGCUCGUUCUCGGAGCUACCAACAUCCCUUGGCAAUUAGAUCCAGCCAUCAAGCGGAGAUUCGAGAAGCGGAUAUACAUCCCACUGCCCGAAGUACAAGCCCGGCGCAAGAUGUUUGAGCUCAACAUCGGGACUACACCACAUGCUCUUUCUCCAGCGGACUUCAUGUCGUUAGCAGAGGAGACGGACGGGUACUCUGGAAGUGAUAUUGCGGUCAUUGUGCGGGAUGCGCUCAUGCAGCCCGUACGGAAGGUGCUAGCUGCUACGCACUUCAAACCUAUCACCAUCCAAACACCCGACGGCCCCGCCCAGCGCCUCACCCCUUGCUCCCCUGGCGACCCCGCCGCGCAAGAGAAAUCAUGGACCGACGUCGAAUCCGCAGAGCUACACGAGCCGAUCCUGCAAAAGAGCGACUUUGAUAAGUCUAUCGAGGUGAAUAGGCCGACUGAGGAGAAGGGGCCUAGCUAG